AAAUGCAUUAUGGCUUCGUGAACAUUGUUAAUGACUGACCAUCUAAAGGCUCUAGGUAUUACAGGCAAACAUUUUGUGCUGCCAUUUCUUUGAAUCCUUCGAUAUAAUACUCCUGCUCUCAAUUCGUACGACGCUGAGAUAGCUUCUCCCAUCUUAUGGUUUCGCAAUUUUAAGGUUAUGGAAGCAAUGUCAGAAUCUCGUUGCUGUUCGGCUAGAAGCCAAUCGUCGGUUAUCUCAGCUAGGUUUAUGUGCAUUUCAACCGUUUUCGCUGAGGAUUUAUAAUCAGUAGGCAACGGAUUGCGCGAGAAAAAAUCAGCAUGUAACAUGCGUUCUCCCUUCCUGUAUUCAAUGCUGAAAUCAAAUGAUUGCAGAUAUGCCCACCAUCUAUGUACCCUUGGGGUAAGGUUAAUUUUUUUGAUACUUGCUUUCAGGGAGUUGCAAUCUGUAUGCACAAUAAAUUUUUGACCAUGUAAAUAAUGGCGGAAGUGUCUUACUGCGUUGUAAACUGCGAGGGUCUCAAGCUCGUAUGAAUGAUAUUUUGCUUCAGCCAUUGUCGUACAUUUGCUGUAAUAUUCAAUGACUCUGGGUCUAUUUUCUAUCUUGUGCAUUAAAAUAGCACCAUAUCCAAUAGAACUUGCGUCUGUAUGUAAUUCCAUUGGCUUUAGUGGAUCGAAAAUUGUCAAAACGGAGUCAUUAGUCAAAAUUGAUACGAUUUUUUGACGAAUUUCCUCAUAUUCCGGCUUCCAGACAAAUUUAUUAUUUUUGGAGGUGAGAUUAUAUAAAGCUUUCAUCUGCUCAGAAAAUUUUGGUACGAAUUGCCUAAAAUACGAGGCUAGGCCUAUGAAUUGUCGCACCUGCGUUACUGACUGCGGUGACGGCAAUUCGGCCAACGCUUGUAUCUUGCGUGGAUUUGGUCGAAUUUGACCCGCUUCAACCAAGUAUCCUAAAUAUUCUAUGCUUGUUUUCAAGAACGAGCAUUUUGUAAUGUUAAAUGAGAAUCCAGCUCUAGACAAGUUUUCUAAGACCGUUUGUAGCCUUUCAAGUGCCUCUUCCUUUGUCUUCGCUAGAAUUAACACGUCAUCUAUAUAGACGAUGGCAUACGUUUGAGCCAAAUCACCCAAUGCUCUCACGAUUGCGCGCUGGAAAAUCGAGGAAGCAUUUUUUAAUCCAAAAGGCAUGGCCAAAAAUUCAUACUGUCCUUCUGGCGUGACAAAAGCAGUGCGCUCGAUAGAGUCUGGGUGUAUUGGAACUUGGUAAAAACCACUUGCCAUGUCUAAACUGGAGAAAUAUUUGCCUUCACUCAGUCUAUUAAUUUGAUCAGAAAUCAAAGGCAGCGGAUAUUUGUCAGCGACCGUAUUAGCAUUCAGUUCCCGAUAAUCGACACAUAGUCGAUCGGUUCCAUUUUUCUUUCUUACCAUCAGCAUUGGGCUUGCAAAUGGAGAGCAACUAGGACGUAUAACGUUUGCGUCUAACAAUUCUUUUACUUUAUUUCGCACGACUUCUUUUUCUUCUAUGCUUAACCUAUACGGACGCCUUUGUACAGUUUUAUUUGGGUCAAGCAGGCGGAUUUCAAGUUCACCCGUAGUCACUCGCGUUUGAGGAAUACCCUCAAUAAAUUUAUCAGCAUAGUUUUGCAAUAAUUCUAGCAGACGAUUCUUAUCAGUGUUGCUUAAUGCUCUAUCGUUAUUCAGAUGCUCUACGUAACUUAUAUCUGGCACUUUUAUUAGUACAUCAACAGUUUUGGUUUUGUACAUUUCAAAUUUGUCGGCCUCGAUGGAGACUCCAAAGCCUAAUCCGAAGCCUAUCACGGAGGUCAUUGGAGGCCCCGAGCUACACAUCAAUAAAGGGUCCACCAUUAAUUUAACUUGCAUUGUAAGAUUUGCACCGGAACCACCCCCAACCGUCAUCUGGUCGCACAAUCGGCAGGUUAUAAAUUUUGAUUCACCGCGAGGUGGCAUAUCAUUGGUCACCGAAAAAGGUGUGUUGACCACCAGCCGGCUGUUAGUGCAAAAGGCCAUCCAACAAGAUUCUGGGCUUUAUACAUGUACACCAUCGAACGCCAAUCCGACGUCGGUGCGGGUGCACAUCGUCGAUGGAGAGCAUCCUGCGGCCAUGCAUCAUGGAAACUCUGCGCCCUUGCAGCCGCCGGAAUUCUUUUUACUAGUGCUGCUUUCAUGCGGAUUAUUGUUCUUUUUGGAGUCACACGCGCAGUCUAUCCAUCGCUCUACCACAUACCAGAACACAACCGGUUCAACCACAUCCACGCAAGGAAGCCCAAACGUCCUGAUCAACUGCGUAGAGCAGCAACGUCAUCGACUACACCGAAACCAAGUGGAGAGUAGCAUUUGGCCGCCAGCCACAUAGCUACGUGAAACACAAUGCGGAUGUAUAUACACAAGCAACUUUUAAGUUUAUUAGGGUUCUGAGUUGUCUCAUGUUUUUAGAUCUCGUUAUUACUAAAUUAAAAAAGCAGUUUACUCAAGCCAACCCAGAAAUUUUGAUAAAUUUUCUUAAUAUAUUAUUGAAUAAUAGGAGUUUUUUAAAUUCUGCAUGUUGGCUUUGAAAUGCAUCAUGUUUGGGAAUGGUGCUUGAUAACACAGGUACAGUAAUAUACAACACUGAUAUACACACAGACACUCUCAACCAGAUAUUGUAAAUAAUGCUAUUAGUCUAAUUUUUCUAUUUCUCAUUGCUUAAAGUAAGUUUCAAAGGUAAUCUUUGCCAGUUAGAGCUUGAAUACCUGUCUGUUCUAUUUCGCUCCCUCAAGAUAUAACACUUGAUAAGCAAGCAACUAGCAUACUUUCAGCUUAUGCAUAUGUCUAAAUUUAUAUAAUUACAGGCCCCAAAGGAAAUUUACUUUAUUUGUCGUUGUUUCGUCUAGAAUAUAUGUAUGUAGCUAAAUUUAAGAAAAUUAGCGUUCACAAGAGUUCAUUAUAUGCAGCUUAAUAUAGAUAUAUUGAUAUAUGUACGUAUAUAAAUAUAAAAAUAUACAUACGUACACUCUAGGCUGGGCCCAAAAAAAAUUUUGUUGGAAAUUUUAAAGGGACACUUAAUUAUAUUAUCUUACAUGAGAUAUUGCUAAUUGUAAGACAUGCCCACAUUUGGCAUGAACAAAUAGUAUAAUUGCGUUGCGUAAAACAUCACCAUAUGUACAUGAUACCAAAAAUGUCAGUAAUUCAUUAAUGACUGAAAGAGAUAAAUACUAUAGGCAUCGAUGGACAGUCUGAUGAUCGAUCGUCCGUUAUUUUGUUCAGUUACGUCUGCACAAACAGUUUGU